UUUGUACCUCUGUUUCAACACUCGCCACAUUGGAUUGCAGGGUUAGUAAUUAACUCUUAGCAGAGACUUUAUCCUAUUCAGGCACUCGUGAAGUGCACCAAUUCUAGAAGACUUCACACAGCGGCUUAGAAGGUGUCAACAAGCCAGCCAGCCCGGUGGCACGUCGUGAGCGCAAGGGGUCCAAUAGCGGCUGAUCCCCAGGGAGGUGAAGGGACGCCAAGCCCCGCCCUCGACUCCACCGAGCCAGGCCGCCCCUGCUUCUCCAAGACCGAGAUGGCCGCAACCGUGACGCUGGAGCCCGCGGGCCGUAGCUGCUGGGACGAGCCCGUGAGCAUCGUGGUGCGCGGCCUGGCCCCGGAGCAGCGAGUGACGCUGCGCGUGUCCCUGCGCGACGAGAAGGGCGAGCUCUUCCGGGCCCACGCGCGCUACCGCGCCGACGCCGGCGGCGAGCUGGACCUGGCGCGCGCGCCCGCGCUGGGCGGCAGCUUCGCGGGGCUGGAGCCCAUGGGGCUCUUCUGGGCCAUGGAGGCGGAGAAACCUUGGGGUCGGCUGGUGAAGCGGGACGUGAACCAACCUUUCGCCGUGGAGCUGGAGGUGCUCGACGGCCACGAGCCCGAGGGCGGGCGCCUCCUGGGCCGGACGGUCCACAAGCGCGAUUUCCUUGCCCCCGGGGUGCGGAGGGAGCCGGUGCGCGCGGGCCGGGUGCGCGCCACGCUCUUCCUGCCGCCAGGUGCAGGGCCCUUCCCUGGGAUCAUUGAUCUGUUUGGAAGUGGUGGUGGCCUUUGUGAAUACAGGGCCAGCCUCCUGGCCGGACAUGGCUUUGCUGUGCUUGCUCUGGCUUACUUCAGAUUUGAAGAUCUCCCAGAAAGUCUCAAUGAGGUGCACUUGGAGUACUUUGAAGAAGCUGUGGAUUUCAUGCUGCGGCAUCCAAAGGUGAAAGGCCCUAGUGUUGGGCUUCUUGGAUUCUCCAAAGGAGGUGACUUGUGUCUCUCAAUGGCCUCUUUCUUGAAGGGCAUCACAGCCACUGUGGUUAUCAAUUCCUGUGUGGCCAACACAAUAGCUCCUCUGCAUUACAAGGAUAUGAUUAUUCCUGAUCUCGGCAGUGACCUAGGAAAAUAUACAACCACCGAGUCAGGCCUGUUCAAUUUUAUGAACAUUUGGAAUAAUCCACUGGAAAAACCCUACCACCAAAGUCUUAUUCCACUGGAAAAGGCCCAGGGACCCUUCCUGUUUAUUGUUGGCAUGGACGAUUAUAGCUGGAAGAGUGAAUUCUAUGCUUAUAUGGCCUCUGAACGGUUACAAGCCCAUGGGAAAGACAGACCCCAGAUACUCUGCUACCCAGGAACUGGUCACUGUAUCGACCCACCUUAUUUUCCUCCUAGUAGAGCCUCUGUGCAUGCAGUAUUGGGCCUACCAAUAUACUAUGGAGGUGAGUUAAAGGCUCAUUCAAGGGCACAGGUAGAUGCCUGGCAGCAAAUUCAAACUUUCUUCCAUAAACAUCUCAAUGGUAAAAAAUCUGUCAACAGCAAACUGUAACUUUACAAUCAUAGAUGAGAUACUAUUAAUAAAAAUCCUAUCCAUGCGACAUGUAUUGGGUUUUCCAGAGCACCUAGGAAUCUCUUUGUAACAAAGCAACCACCUUGGCUUCCUUGUCAGGUCCUACUGGAUUCUCAACCUUUGCAACCCUAUUUUCUUCGCUGCUGGGUCUGCUCCUUCCUCCCCUGAACUUUAUCCAAUGUAUAGGCUUAACCCUGAUCUUCUUUGUAAGAACAAUCUUAACCUUAAGCAGGAGAAACAUAAGAAGUGCUUGCCCAACUUUCAAUUGCUGGCCUAGAGUUGGCCUUGUGCUCUUGUUCUAUGGACUGAGAUUCCAUAUUGCUAAGAGUCCCAUAUACACCUUGGGCCCUAACUGACCUUAUCUGAGCUUUGGCAACCUGCCCACUCAAGUUCCUUAAGGAAUGGACUCUGCUUAACUCUUACCAGUACACAUUCCUGAAUGUGUGAUUAAGAUGAUUAAGACUUGUUUUGGAAUUCCCAUUGGGACAUCGAUACAGUAGUACCCCCUUAUCUGCAGUUUCAGUUACCUGUGAUCAACAGUGGUCAGAAAAUAUUAAAUGAAAAAUCAUCCCAGAAAUGAACAACUCAUAUGUUUAAAUUGCAUGCUAUUCUGAAUACCUCACUUCAUCUCAUCACACAGACAUUGUGAUCACACAUCUUCACAAGCAGGGCGAGUUCCGUACAAUAAGGUAUUCUGAGAGAGAGAGCAGCACGUUCACAUAACUUUUCUUAUAGUAUAUUGUUAUAAUUGUUCUAUUUCAUUAGUUAUUAUUAAUAUCUUUGCCUAAUUGAUAAAUUUUGUUAUAGGUAUGUAUGUAUGUAUGUGUGUGUGUGUAUGUAUGUGUGUGUGUGUGUAUAUAUAUAUAUAAAAACAGUACUGAAUAUAUAGGGUUUGGUACUAUCCAUGGUUUCAGGCAUCCACUGGGGGGUCUUGGAAUGUAUCCCCAUGGACAAAGGGGGACUACUGUACUAAGCUUUGUUUUUUUU